UUACUUAUAGACUUAAUAGUAUUAGAUCUACUUAAUUAUAUAGUUAAGUAUAAUAUGCUCUAUCUGCUAGAUAUCUUCCUUCUCUACACGGACGAAGAUAGAGCUAAUGUCCACUUACCCAGCAAUUAUGUCUACUCACCCAGUUUUUUUCGCCCACUUACCCAGUACAAGAAUUUACGUGCAGGGCCUAUAUAAAACUAUGUACCUGACUAGGAUUCUCCAAAUUUUCGAUACUUUCGGUAUAAGCGCCUUCUGGCACGCCUUCUAGCAUGUCUUUUGGUAUGCCUUCUGGUAUGCCUUCUGGCACGCCUUCUGGUAUGCCUUUUGGCACGCCUUUUGGGCCUUCUGGCCUGUACGCAUUCAGGUACCAACUGAGCGUUUAGAUGCUAACUGAACGCUAGAAGGCUAGAAGUCUAGAGUGCUAGAGGGUUAGAAGGGGUACUAGAAGGCUAGAAAGAGUGUAGUUUUUACCUUUACCUUCUUGGCUUUUGGCCUUUUGGUGUUUAGUUGGCAUUUGAAUGCUUAGUUGGUACUUGAAUGUGUGUAGACUAAAUGGUGAAGGUGAAGGUGAAGGUGAAGGCAAAGGUGAAGGCGAAGGUGAAGGCGAAGGUGAAGGCGAAGGUAAAGGGGUGCCAGAAGGGGUGCUAGAAGGCGUGCUAGAAGGCGUGCUAGAAGGGGCUUGUACCAAAAGUAUUGAAAAUUGGAGAAGGAAAUCGUGCUAUGGGGUUUCUUGGUGCUGACUUAGAAGGUACUUAUAAACGUGAGGGAGUUGCUUAGAAAAAUUGGUACUGGGUGAGUGGUUGGUGGGAACUGGGUGAGUGGACAUAAUUGCUGGGUGAGUGGACGUUGGCUUACGAAGAUACCACAAAGCUGUGGGGGGCUUUGGGUUUAGCCCCUUGUCCAAGUAUUGUACUGGAGUCCAGAUCUGGAAGCAUCGGGUAACCGUGGACAGACCGAAUUGCACAUGGCUGCCUUGUGUCAUAUAGCCACGCCAGUAUGAUCAAGCUGCUCCCGGAGGCGCGUGCCUCGCCGCACUCACGCAGCGAGCCCAGGUCGACACCAACCUAUCGUGCAACCCGCAGUGGCUCAGUCGCAGCAGCACUGGAGCAGCCGACUGAGGCCGGCAGUGAACUGGAUGCCGAGACAUGGGACGGCUGGACACCGCUAUUUGAGGCGAUUGAGAAUCACCAUCUCCCUACGGUGAAGUGGCUGGCCGGAAAGGUGUCAAUCUGAGGCAGGGAAUCCUUCAUGGCUUGUCCAUGUUAGAGUGUCUACGAGCCUUUGGCGACCAGCGCUGUCACCGAGGAUUCUACUGUCGUCACUCGUGCCAAUAUGGCGAUGGAACCCCGGAAGCACUCAGUCGCAGCUCUCCUGUUGCUCUUGUUUGCCAACGUCGUUUUUGGCGAAAUGUUGAUCUUGAUGUUUGGCGAGCAUUUGUUUGACUUAUACGAGGAAGCAACACAAACGAGUCCUUCUGGGUGCAUGGGAGCAACAGUUGGUAAUUAUACCAACCACCUUGGUCCAAUCAAUCAACCGCUCUCGCCGAGGCUCAAGAACCCACAACUAGGUGGUACCCGGGCCUGCCAGGGUUCGCAAGUACCGUCGUCCCAUGCAGAAGUGUACUUUCAACCGCAAGAAGCACGGGGGACGUGCAGUGGUGUCUCCUAGUAGUGGCACCCGGAGUGCCCCACGGGAGCUUGGGCUAGCCCGGUUCAAUUAAUCCCGUCCUCGAAAACUUGACGUUUCUUGCCCGUGUUGAUGUUCCCCUUUCCCAAUCGCAUCCGAGGACAACUCUGCCCGCCCCUUACAGCAGCCCGACUGCACGAUUCAAUCGAGGUCUGUCAGUGGCCUCGCCCAAUGGCUUCAUGGCAUCGGCGGCACAUCCUCGCAUCUCGACCCGCAGCUUGAACGGCCGAGUCGGCGGAAAUGGGACAACCAAGCGAGUCGCAGAUGAUGAUGAUGACAGCCUUGUGACGGAGCAGUUCCCAGCGUUCGACCCGGCGCAUGACGGUAGCGAGGACGAUCUCGCAUCAAGCAGCCACAACUACACCCACCAGCAGCCCAGUGCCCUGACCGACGGCGCUACCAUGGACGGCAUCAAUGACGGCUUCGACGACGGACAAGAAGACUCAUCUUACCACCACGCCGGCAAUAGCCCCGACGCCGCAGACCUUCCGCCGACACCCUUAUCCAACGUCGACCCUGUACCCGAACCCGACCAUCAGAGCCACCAGCGCCAAAAGUCCGCCCCAGAAACGUCCAUCGUGACCUCGCCUGCGGUCACGUCGCCGCCCUACUGGGCGCACGGCCACACGACUAACGGCACCGGCGGCGCAUCACGCGCCAACCAUGGCAAUCAAUCCACCGAGAGCCUCGUGCCGGGCGCAAUCACACUGCAGGACAAUGAGGCAGAUGACGACGAUGGUGAGCCCUCCGACCGACAGCGCAACUCGGAGGAGACCCGUACGUCGUACGGCCGCGACAGGAACAGGGCGUGUUGGGCCAAGAGCGUCGAGGUGACGAACUACGUGGUUGUGAAUAGUAGCGCUACCAACAUCGGCGCAUUCGUCGUCUGGAAUAUCAGGGUCCAGACGCUAAGUGGGCCUUUCAUGAACAUAAGGAAGCGUUACUCGGAGUUUGACGACUUCCGGCACCAGCUAAUAAGCACGUUUCCCAACUUUGAGGCGGCAGUACCGACUCUGCCGCCCAAGAGCGUGAUCUCGAGGUUCAGGCCCAAAUUUCUCGAGAAAAGGAGAGCAGGGCUGCAAUAUUUCCUCAACUGUAUACUGCUCAAUCCGGAGUUUUCUGGGUCGCCUGUGCUCAAAGACUUCUUAUUUGCUUGAGCUUAGCCUGCAAAUACCGCUGGAAAGCAAUCAAGCACAGGGUGCAGCGCUUUGUGAGGCUUGCAACCCGGAGAGCUUUCUGAUACCCCCUUUCGAGUACAUAUUUUCUCAGAAGAGUGUAAUGAUAAUGAGCCACAGCUGCAGAGCCAUUGGAGAAAUUGCAUACACUGUGUUGAAUAGGCCAGAUGAGUGACAGGCCCGGAAGGCAUCCUUUUAAUCAAGAAUAGCAACAGUAAUCCAUUAUCAACAUCGAAUUGCUGUUGCGGGCGACCAUGUCCUGCCCUGCCUUGUACUCUUGGGGUAUAACUUAAUACGUCAUUGAUUCGAGCGUAAUGCCAUCGCCUCGACUUGUGCGAAACGCCAGGCUGGCCGUCGAAACCGGCCGCUCAUUCUUCACCGUGCUGCUGCUGCUAAUCAGAGUCUGUCACGUCGCAACAUCUGGCCUGCUCUGCUCUGCUCUGCUCUGCUCUGCUCUGCUCUGCUCUGCUCUGCUCUGCACCCGUCGAUGCAGGGCUACCGGUAACUUCUUUGGCUUGGUCUCCUUCCCCUUUUCCUCAGCGGUCCCGCUCUUCUGGCCAUCUGUUGCCGUUGACGUCAGCCUCAGCUUCUGCAUCACCUUGGCAGUGGCCCUAUUCUCCCCUCGCUUCUUGUCAUCCUCCUCCUGCUGCUUCUCGAGGAACCGCCUUUCCGUUUCUGCACUCUGCGACUUGUCGCGCGCGUCCUCCUCGCGCCUCUGGGCCUCCUCGGGAUGAAUCACCUUGUCUUUCUGGUGCGCUGUCCUCUGAAGAAGCUUCUUGCCCUUCUGCCGCGUUUUUAUGUACGUCUCAAGCCCCACCAGGACAGCGUAAGACUUGGAUAUUGAAACGUGAGACAUAUCCACGCCUUCGUCCUUGAGGUUGCGGACAAAAGCCCUGAAGUUUGACGCCGGCGGCCGAUAAUGACCCGAGAGCGGACUCAGGCUUGCAAGCCUGCCAUUUUUUAUCUUGAUGAGGCCCGCGGCGGAGAUGCGUGACCCCUGGACGAAUGAGGAAUGCUGAAAGGCACCGCUGUCUUUAAUGCCGACGUAUAACCGGAAGCUCGUGUCUGCGACAAAGAUCCACGUGUUUUUGCGAACCGACUUCCGCAAGAGUGUGUUGAAGAUCGUAGAGGCGGAGAUAUGUGUUACCUUCUUGACCCCUUUCGCAUCAGUCACGCCCGGCGAUGCGUAUUUAGCCGCGCGAGCAGCCUCGCGCUCGGAUUCAGAUGCGGUGCUGAUACUGCUCGCCCUGGAACUUGGGUCACUCGGGAACAGCCUGGGCUGGUUUGGGUACGUGGACUUUGGUUGGAAGGCAGGCGUCUCCGUGUCGUCGAUCGGAACAAUGCCGUGAAUGCUAUCCCUCCAGUCUUCUGUGGUAUCGAUCCGAGCCCCGUUCUUGGCCCAACACAACCUGCCGUCCAGGUCGACUUUGACCAGGUAGUAUUGGCGCUCUUCCCGCGAGAGGUAUCGCACCUGUUCCCUCUCCAACCGGUCGCGUGGGCAUGUGCUCAAUUCGACGUGCCGCCCAUCGCCAUGAUCCAGCCAGUAGAAGAAGUUUUCGUGUGUAUCUGCCUUUUUCCAUUCUUCGUGAUACUGCCUCAGGUUAGACCCGUAACGGUGUUUGAGGUCGACCAUCUCGAGAAAGUACUGCAAGCCCAUCAUCAUUGUCGCAUCGUUUCGCCUCCUAGCUCUGGUCUCCUUCCUCUUCUGACGGGUCUCCCCCUUCUUGUCAGAGGUUUCUGGGCCUGAAUCCGAGUCCGAGUCUGAGUCACUAGAGCUACUAUGGUCGUCUUCCAGAUCGCCACCUGCCCUCCUCGCGAUCGUCGCGAUCUUGUGCCAGUUGUAUCGAGCUGAUUUCGACCGCUUUGCAGCUUCCGUGUCUUCAUGGUCAGCCUCGAAGUCCCCAGGUACUGAUGUGACGGUGUCAUGUCUUGCUCUCGGGGUAGUGACCGUCCUGAACUGGAGCUCCCUCAAGGCGUGCGUCCACCUGGAAUUGGCGUUUAAGCCCAGGCCCCUCAUUUCUCUUCGAGUCUUGUAACCCCGAUACGUGCGCUGAAUCAUCGUAGCAGCCCGAUGGCGCAAUAUGUCAUCGCUGUCAUGACCCGUCCCCACGGCUGUGGCACUUGCGACAGCGGCGGCCAGGGCGCUGGUGUUGCGGGAUGGAGAGUGAUCCUUGUGUCGGCCAAAGAUACUACUGCGAUGAGGUCGGUUCCUGGAGUCCAUAGUUGGGCUGGGCUGUGGUGCCUCCGUGGAUCUGCGCUUUUGUUCCUUUUCCUUUUCGCGAGACUUGCGCUUCUCUUGUUGCUCUCGAACAAGUUGCACCUCUGCUAUUCGCAACAUCUCCUCGCCCGUGGGCGCCACCAGAGAGUCCAUGUACUGUUUCUUGGACCGUGCAGAUGUUGCCGAGUCUAUGGAAGCAUUUGAGUGACUCUGGCGGUCUUGGCUGUUCUGGGCCUCCAUGGGGGGUUUAUAAUCAUGGUUGUAUCCAGUCUCGCCGGCUUGCACCGACGAGGGGGUCUGUGGAGGAGUUGGUAGGCCGGUAGGGAUGCCGUUCUUGAUCGGUGCGGGCGAUGACGUCGAUGUAUUUGGAGCAGUUGCAGCCACCACCACCACACUGCUAUUCAAAGGAUCCAUCAAGUUUAGAGCUAGAAGUGAGUGCUAUUUUGCCUGGAGACUCUCAGGUUUCUCUUGUCCACGCAAUGGUGUGGACUGACACAGCAAGAAAGAAGAGUGGAGGGCACACUCAAAAAGAGUAGUUUGCAAAAGCAGGAGUCAAGGGAAUGGAGGAGAGCGUGACAAGAGGAGGAACAAUCAUCAUGAGAUGACACGAGAGGGUCUGGUGCUGGGAGGAUUGUGACAACUUGAACCUCAUCAGCGACGGCCGGUGAUGAAAUACUUGCCAUUGCCAGCCCUGUUGUACCUUGACCUUCGGACUAGGCGGGGCAGGACAGGGAAAGGACCAGCACAGCAGCAGCUCAUGGGCCGAUGGUUGCUGAUGGCAAUGGGUGAUGGGUGAUGGGUGAUGGGUGAUAGGUGCUGGCGUGACCUCGGACCUGACGGCAUAGGGCUGUGCCAGGAUUCAGGCUCAUGUGGCCAGGCCCAGUGCCUUGCUGCAUUUGUAGCCUGGACUCAUGCCUGGUUGACCAGAGAGUCCAGAGUGCUUCAGCAGCAAGUGUUGGAAAUACCCAGCUGGCAAGGAUCAGACCCUUGGCAAGCUGAUUCCGGCCUCUAAGCCAUCGACAUGACGGGGUUGGCACAGAAGGGAAUGGCUGGCGCAGCCGGCUGGAUCUGCAUCUCAGAGGGGAAAACCAUUACACAGGCUUGGCACCAGACGGCUGGACGGCUG